AUGCUUUCUUAUGGACAUUAUAACGUAUCUACUUUAUAUAUACUAUUUACUAGUUUGAUAUACUUAUUUACACAAUAUCAAAAAUGUUAUUCAUUUACUGCAAUAGCUCUAACUCCAUCAUCAUCUUCGUCAUUGCUAUAUGAACGUACAAUAAAUAUUACUUCUCAUAUGUCUGAUGAACAACGUCUUUUUUAUACAAUACUAACAGCUUAUGAAAAAGCAGUAAGACCAUUGAAAAAAUCAUCCGAAGCGGUUGUUGUCAAACUUGGUAUUACAUUGACACAAAUUUUAGAUAUUGAUGAACGAAAUCAAAUAAUGACAACUAAUAUUUGGCUUGAUCAGGAAUGGAACGAUGCAUAUUUAAAAUGGAAUCCAAAACAUUUCGGUGGUUUAAAAAAAAUACGUAUACCUUGCCGUCUAAUAUGGUUACCUGAUAUUGUACUAUACAAUUCUGCUGAAGAUUAUACACAAGGAUAUAUGCAAUCAUUAGCAAUGAUUGAUUAUAAUGGUACUGUUUUUUGGCCACCUAUUGUUAAAUUUCGAUCGACAUGUAAAAUAGAUAUUACUUGGUUUCCUUUUGAUGAUCAAUUAUGUUUUUUAAAAUUUGGUUCGUGGACAUACGAUUCUACACAACUUAUAUUAACAAAUCGAUCAGCAAAUAUUGAUAUGAGUAAUUAUGUUGAUAAUGGUGAAUGGAAAUUAUUAACAUCAUGGACAGUUCUUUCAACAAUAACAUAUUCAUGUUGUGAGGAAACAUAUCAUGAUUUAAAAUUUUAUUUUCAUAUACGUCGUCGAACAUUAUAUUAUACAUUUAAUGUUAUAAUUCCAUGUAUAAUGUUAUCUGGAUUAACAUGUUUAACAUUUUAUUUACCAACUGAAUCGGGUGAAAAAGUUUCAUUAGGUUUAACUGUACUUCUUUCAUUUUCUGUAUUCAUGUUAGUUAUUGCUGAAUCUAUGCCAGCUACAAGUGAAUUUAUUCCUUUAAUUGGCAUUUAUUUUAUAUUAGUUAUGGGUUUAACUAGUCUAUCAGUAUUAUUAGCUGUUAUUUUACUUAAUGUUCAUUUAUAUGGUUCAUCUUUGAAACCAGUACCAAAUCGAUUACGUUCUUUACUUUUUUUUCAUAUUGCACCAUAUUUACAUGUUAAAUUACAUCGUACAAUAAUACUAAAAGAUAAAAAAAAUAAUCAAUGUACAUCAGAAACAGCAUCACGUCGUUCAACAACAAUUUAUAAUGCUGUUUUUCUUAAUGAAAAUGAUCUUUUAACAAAUUCCCAAACAUCAUCAUCAUCACAUGUAUUACAUUCAACAACAAUGACUGAAAAUAAUUUAAGAGCAACAAAUAUUAAUUCAACACCACAUUCAUUACAAGAAUGUAAACGUCUUCUUUAUGAACUUAAUCGUCUUAUUCUUCGUUCAAGUGAAAAACAUGAAGAAGAUAUUAUUAUACGUGAUUGGCAAAAUGUUGCCUUAGUUAUUGAUCGUUGCCUUUUUUUUACAUAUCUUUUAUUUACAACAAUAUUAACAGUAUUAACAUUACUUUUAGCACCAUUAUUGAAAACAAUUCCGACACCACCAUCAUAUUUUCGAUUAAAUAUGACAAAAGAAUAA